AACCAAGAUCGAAGCACGCCGCAGGAUGUGGCAAUCGACGUCAGAAGCGAUCGCGGAAGAGCUGCUGCAGGAGCUUGUCGGGCGAUGGGAGACGCUCGACGUCGGGAGCGUCUUUGCGCAAGACCAGCUGGCCGCGCUCUGGCGGGUCUCGUUUCCAUCAUCGCCGCCUGAAAUGCCAUUGACGCCGCACCCGCGCUGGCUCGAGCUCGGGUUCUCGUCGCCCGAGCCAUGGCUCGACAUCCACACGACGCUGCACCUGCAUUGCAUUCUGUACGUUGCGGAGCACCAGCACAAGCUGUACAUGCAGCUCCUGCGGCGAAAUGACUUUCCCGUGAUGCAGACCCUUCUAAGGCUCCUCGAUACGCUCGUGGCGCAUAUUGAUGGCAAGGCGCCGUGCCCGUGCUGUAGCGCGCCGCGGCAAGGCGACCUCUACGACGGCCUUGAGUGCUUGUACGAGCAGCGCCAAGGCAACGAGCUCGAACUCCUCUUCACACGCAUGAUCAUCGAGUACCAGGCCUCCUCAGCGCCGUUGAGCCGCCGCCUCCGCGAAACACGGCAGCGGAUGGAGGCCCUCAUGCGACAGAGACCUGCGGUCCGCGCGCUUCUCACGACGCCAAUACAGACUUCGUGGUGCGACGUCUGCCGAGUCCUCUCGCCCUACCAGUUCUGA